AUGGUCAUCGGUGAUUGGGGCGGCGUCCAAUACACGGAGGAGAUGCCCAUCCUGCCGGCGGACCACCGCUCCCACCUCUUCCCAAAACGGGUGCGCAGCUUCGUCAGCGGUGUUGAUGACUAUGCGCAGCAUCGGGUGGCGGCGCAGAUGCUGAACUUGUCGUUCUACGAUGCGCCAGACUACGUGAUCAACGUAGGAGACAACUUCUAUUGGGGAGGCGUGAACUCCUCCUGCAACAACAACUCCUUCGAGGAGGGUUUCAGGUGGAAUCAGUGGGGUCCUAUCUUCGAGAGAAUGUACGAAGGUGGAGGAUUGGAUGGAAAGCAGUGGUUGGGGAUUCUAGGCAAUCACGAUUAUGGAGGCUUUAAGUUCACGUCUGGGUGGCAUGAGAGCAUUUUCUACACCUGGGCGGUUGGACACGAGAGCACAGGACGGUGGAUGACACCUGCACAAUAUUGGCAGGUGAAAGUUCAUUACGUCAACUUCUCCAUCGACUAUUACUUUGUCGACACCAAUGUGAACAAUGCCUGGAAGCUGAAUGCCUCCGACCCCAAAGACGGGCAUAACAUCUGCAGCGAGAAGCACAACGAGAAGACGGCGGAGUGCCCCGACGCGGCGAGUUGGAUGUCGGUGGUUGAGAGGUGGCUUGAUCAGCGUCUCUCCCUCUCCAAGGCUGCGACCUGGCAGGACUGGCAGAUUGUGGUCUCCCAUUUUCCUCCUGAGUACAAUGCGCCGCCCUUCUCCUUCACCACCAUCAUCUCUGGCGGUGGCGGUGGGAUCACGGCCGACCGCGUGCCACAGCUGGCAGGGGACGAUGAUGCCUAUGGCUUCAUGGUGCCCUGGCCCUCCAAUAGCAAGGGGUGGGCAAGGCUGGGUUGCCAGAAACCACGAAACCUACAGCAGAGGCAGACUUCUGAAGACACACAUCCCGCAACACCAGGGCUUCGAACACACAGUCAAGAGUCAAAAGAUAGAACCAUUUUCCCACUUAGGUGCUGGUUGAUCCCUUCUUUCAAGACUAGUUCACGGUAA